AUGGUCGCCACCGUCCAGAAGCCCGCCCCCGCCUUCAAGGCCACCGCUGUCGUCGACAGCCAGUUCAAGGACAUCGCCCUCUCUGACUUCCUCGGCCAGUGGGUUGUGCUCUUCUUCUACCCUCUGGACUUCACCUUCGUCUGCCCGACGGAGAUCCUCGCGUUCAACGAUGCGCUCCCCCAGUUCCAGGCGCUCAACACCGCCGUCCUCGGCGUCUCCACCGACUCCCACUUCUCCCACCUUGCGUGGGCGACCCAGCCCCGCAAGCAGGGUGGUCUCGGCCCCGACCUCAAGCUCCCCUUGAUCGCGGACAAGAACCAGAAGAUUGCCCGCGACUACAACGUCCUCAUUGAGGAGGAGGGCAUCGCUCUCCGUGGUCUCUUCCUGAUCGACCCCAAGGGUACUCUCAGGCAGAUCACCGUGAACGACCUUCCCGUCGGCCGUUCCGUUGAGGAGACCAUCCGUCUCGUCCAGGCCUUCCAGUUCACCGACGAGCACGGCGAGGUCUGCCCCGCCAACUGGCAGGCGGGCAGCAAGACCAUCAAGGCGGACCCCAAGGGUUCGCUCGAGUACUUCUCCAACGCCUCCGAGGCCAACAGCAACGUGAGCAAGAAGCGGCGCCUUGACUGA